GGUGUUCCAGGGCCUGGGACUGCCGGGGCAGGGAGCGGGAGCCGACCCGAGGCGGAGAGAUGGCGUCGCAGCCUCAGCCUCCCCCCAAACCCUGGGAGACCCGCCGAAUUCCGGGGGCUGGGCCGGGCCCGGGCCCUGGCCCCACCUUCCAAUCUGCUGACUUGGGUCCUACUUUAUUGACAAGACCUGGACAACCAACACUAACCAGAGUGCCCCCUCCUAUUCUUCCAAGGCCAUCCCAGCAGACAGGGAGCAGCAGUGUGAACACUUUCAGACCUGCUUACAGUUCAUUUUCUUCUGGCUAUGGCAACUAUGGAAAUUCAUUUUAUGGAAGCUAUAGCCCUUAUAAUUAUGGAUAUAAUGGGCUGAGCUUUAACCGCCUUCGUGUAGAUGAACUUCCACCCAGUAGAUUUGUUCAGCAAGCAGAAGAAAGCAGCCGAGGUGCAUUUCAGUCCAUCGAAAGUAUCGUGCAUGCAUUUGCCUCUGUCAGUAUGAUGAUGGAUGCUACCUUUUCUGCUGUCUAUAACAGUUUCAGGGCUGUAUUGGAUGUAGCAAAUCACUUUUCCCGAUUAAAAGUACACUUUACAAAGGUUUUUUCAGCUUUUGCUUUAGUUAGGACUAUAAGAUACCUUUAUAGACGAAUACAGUGGAUGAUGGGUUUAAGAAGAGGCUCAGAGAAUGAAGACCUAUGGGCAGAGAGUGAAGGAACUGUGGCCUCCCUCGGUGCUUAUGACCCAGCAGCUAACUCAGCAAAAUCUUGGCCAAUAUUCUUGUUCUUUGCUGUUAUUCUUGGUGGUCCUUAUCUCAUCUGGAAGCUUCUGUCUACUCACAGUGAUGAAGGAACAGGCAACAUCAACUGGGCAAGUGGCGAGGAUGACCAUGUAGUUGCUAGAGCAGAAUAUGAUUUUGCUGCUGUAUCUGAAGAAGAAAUUUCUUUCCGUGCUGGUGAUAUGUUAAACUUAGCUCUCAAAGAACAACAACCCAAAGUGCGUGGCUGGCUUCUGGCAAGUCUUGAUGGUCAAACAACAGGACUUAUUCCUGCAAAUUAUGUCAAAAUUUUGGGUAAAAGAAGAGGUAGAAAAACAGUAGAAUUGAGUAAAAUUUCCAAGCAGCAACAGUCUUUUACCAACCUGACAGUAAUUAAAGGAGCCACAGCUGCUGAUUCGUUGGAUGAACAGGAAGCUGCCUUUGAAUCUGUUUUUGUUGAAUCUAAUAAGGUUCCUGGUGCACCUGAUUCCAUAGGAAAAAGUGGAGAUAAACAAGAUCUUUGAUAUCUUUCAUGUUUGGGUGCAGUUGAACAAUACUUUAGAGUACUUUUAACAGUCACUUCUUAUAAAGAAAUUAGUCUACAAUUCAAUGAAAACAUUUGUUAUUGGCUAUUCCAGGUGUUUUGCUGCUAGAAAUUAUUAAAGUUAUACUCUAAUAUGUUGGUCUAGAGACCUGGUUACAUUUUACAAUUUAUUGGACCACAAAGACAUUUAUUUCACCUAGCUUUUAAGAUUAUGGAGAUUGCUCUCAUUUUCCUUAUAUUUAAGUCCCUUGGCUUAUUAGAACAGUAAUUUUGAUGAACUAUAGAAUAUGUGGUUUACUUCAGAAGGGAUCAUUAAUGCUUUUCAGAGUUGUAGGUUAAGUGACUUGAAAUCCUCAAAUUGCGUUAUAAUAUAUACAUAUCAGAAUAGGCCAAAAAACUAAUUUUUUUACAGUCUUAAGUAAACUGAAUAAUAAAAAUUUUCUGAUCUGU